AUGAGCCUUAAAAUUUUCCAAGACGCUUAUGAUUUAUCAUUGCUUUAUAAAAAUGGCUAGGUGAAUUUUUCCGAAUUGUGAAGUAAGAUCUUUUAAGGAAUACGAUACAGAAAACCUUUAUAAGAAAGGCAAGAAGGAUACUUAGCAAACUAUCUGAGCAAAUGCUGAAAUUUUAAUUUUCUGUUUGGCUUAAUAGUAAAAUUCAACCAAAAAAAGGUACUAAAAUAAAAAUUAUCAAGCUGUAUCACUAAUAUAGAUUAGAUAAAAAGUCAUUUUAAAAGAAUUAUACCAUAGUCCAUUGACGAAUUAUAAGAUGGUUGACGUCAAGUAAAUUUCAGUAGUGAGAUAAGUGAAUUUUAAUAAAAGGUCAGAUAGUUAUUUAUCCGAAUUCCAAUUUCGGAAGUUAUCCAAAAUAAAAGGGUGUAUCCUUCAGUAAUUUUUUUUUAUUUUUUACGUCCAACCUUACCGUUUAUUAUAAAAAAUUUUAAAAAUCACGAAUAUCUUCUAAAUAUCCUUCCUUACACUCAAAUAGUCCAUAAAUAAAUACAUUAAAGUUAGAGAAAAUAAAUAGAAUUUUAACACAGAUCUAGCUUAACUUAAUAUACUCUUCACACAAUUUGCGAUGUUAAAAGUCUGCAAAGUAAAUUUACUAAAGAGGCAUCUUAAAAGCUGCAUCACCUGAGUCUUUUGCGAACUAUUAAUAAAAUAUCAGUAAAAAAAUUUGACUGAAAAGUUCCUUCAAGAAUUUUUUUAAUGAAAAAUUAUUUUGAAUCAUUAUUGAAGAUUUACUGUAUUUAGAGAGUUUAAUUAAGACCAGAAUAAUUAAUAUUACGCACAUUAUUUUGUGCAUAAAUUUAAUCCAAUUUUCGCGGCAAUAAAAUGGUCGACAGACAUUGGCUGUAUGGAAAUUUCCAUACAAUUACUGCAUCAGAAUCGAACUCUAUUGAUUGAUGCAGGGAAGUAGGCAUUAUGAAGGAUCCUAUAUGCGACUUAUUCCAUAGGCCGACCUAUAUUUAUCAGGGAGGUAAUUCACAUUUUUUAAGAUGCAAUUCAUGCCAAAAAACACUCUCUUUGCGUCGGCUUUCAAUAUUUCAAUAUUCUAGGCUUCCGCUCUCCACUUGCAUUAAAAUAAUCUUUUUCCACAUGAUAAAGAACACUCAGUGCUUCAGAUUGCUCAAGAUCUUGGAUAUACCCAUAAAGCAGUAAGAAAAUUCAUCAAAGCAGUCAGAAGGCACAUUUCUAAACAAAUUUUUAAGAGCUAUUUCGAAGAUGAUCCUUUAGGAUCAGAAAAUGAGCCAGGUAGAAAUCACCCAACAGUAGAGAUGGAUGAGACCAAACUCCUGCACUGAAAGAACGAAACCAGAUGAGUGUUUGGAAUUUAUGAUAGAGGCACUAAAAAAUAUCGGCUUUUUUACUGUUCUAACAAUAGGUCCUAUGAAGAACUUAAAAUUAUAUACUCUUAUCAGUUGCUACUGAUCCGAAUAACCCUACGGAAUGUUGGACUGAUGGCUGAAGAGCAUAUAACUCUUAGUAAAUGAUGGAUUUAGGCAUAAAGUUGUGUUUCAUAACAGGCCUUUCAGAGUCGGACGAGAAACUACGAACCACAUUGAGAACUUAUGGUCUCGUAUGAAAAAGCUAAAAACAUUUUCAAACGGAUUUGGAGCAAAUAAUGAGGAGGAUCUCGAAGAUUACGUAAACUAUUUUCAGUUUCUACUUGCAAAUAAAGGGUUAGAUCGCAUUGAAGCAUUCAUACAAGCAUUGAAGGUAGAUAAUUUCUCAUAUUCUAACUAAUAAAUGGAUAUUCAACUCUCUAAAUACAGUAAAUCUUCAAUAAUGAUUCAAAAUAAUUUUUCAUUAAAAAAAUUCUUGAAGGAACUUUUCAGUCAAAUUUUUUUUACUGAUAUUUUAUUAAUAGUUCGCAAAAGACUCAGGUGAUGCAGCUUUUAAGAUGCCUCUUUAGUAAAUUUACUUUGCAGACUUUUAACAUCGCAAAAUUGUGUGAAGAGUAUAUUAAGUUAAGCUAGAUCUGUGUUAAAAUUCUAUUUAUUUUCUCUAACUUUAAUGUAUUUAUUUAUGGACUAUUUGAGUGUAAGGAAGGAUAUUUAGAAGAUAUUCGUGAUUUUUAAAUUUUUUUUAUAAUAAACGGUAAGGUUGGACGUAAAAAAAAUAAAAAAAAUUACUGAAGGAUACACCCUUUUAUUUUGAAUAACUUCCGAAAUUGGAAUUCGGAUAAAUAACUAUCUGACCUUUUAUUAAAAUUCACUUAUCUCACUACUGAAAUUUACUUGACGUCAACCAUCUUAUAAUUCGUCAAUGGACUAUGGUAUAAUUCUUUUAAAAUGACUUUUUAUCUAAUCUAUAUUAGUGAUACAGCUUGAUAAUUUUAUUUUAGUACCUUUUUUUUGGUUGAAUUUUACUAUUAAGCCAAACAGAAAAUUAAAAUUUCAGCAUUUGCUCAGAUAGUUUGCUAAGUAUCCUUCUUGCCUUUCUUAUAAAGGUUUUCUGUAUCGUAUUCCUUAAAAGAUCUUACUUCACAAUUCGGAAAAAUUCACCUAGCCCUUUAUAAAAAUCGCACCCAAAAUAUGGUGAAGAAAUUUCUGAUUAUCGCUGCCUCUUUAAUUCAGAUUUUUGCACUCUCCUGCUUAGACAUCAACGGAAACCCUGUAGCAUGGUGAAAUUUGGUAAAAAUGCCUAAAGCUGUAAAAAAUGCGCCUUUUUAUGGAAAAUCUUACUUAUAUGUAUCUCCUGAUAACCCAACCCCGACCCUCAGCACAAAUCCUAUAAACGUAACAAGCCCAAUGACUUAUACGCUAAACCAAUUAAAUACUGAUAAAACUGUUUCCUUUUUAUUUUACAAGUAAAAUUCAUAUAGUGACGGCUAUCCAGGAAGUGAAACAAAUUACAGUUCUUAUUAUGGGCAUUCAAAAGGGAUUUUAGCUUAUACCCAAAACCAUAUAUAAAAAUAGCGCGGCGAAUCAGUCCACCUUCUUAACACCUAUAGCCGAGGUGGCUCGUGAAGUGUUGAAGGAAGGAUGAAGCUAUUUCUGUCAAGGACUGUAAGCAAGGGCUGAGCGUUAUGGGGAUGAAUAUGGCCGACGGGCUUAUAUCAAGCUAAGCUUACCCCAAACCCAAGCUAUUUACAUUAUCCAUUCAGUGCCUCAUUUUCCUUAUACUGAUAAUGUUACUAAUGCAGUUGUUUUAGACAUUGCAGAUCCGCAGACUAUGUAUGGGCAAAAUAUGAUGUGCAUACAGUUGGAUCCUCAGACUUUAUUUAAUAUUGCAGGAAUUAUGACAAUCAACCACCCUGCAGUUUAUUUUUCAAGAAUAGUAAAUCAAAACGCUAAUAUUACUUAUCUCGUUAAAAAUGUUACGGCUGGGUACAAGUUUACUCAAUCAAUUUACAGUUUUACGUAAUUUUUAUUUAGUUCAAAUGGGAAUUUUUAUACUUAUUUUGCUAAAGAUAUGGCAGGACAGUGGGAUUUAUAUGAAGAUAUAAUUGCUCCUUACUAUAAUGAUGGCUUUAAAGUAGAAAGCUGGGGUCGUCCGUAUGAUGCCAGUUUUUGUAAGCCAAAAUACAGUUAUAACGUUUUAAAUGUUUUAGGAGUAAACCUCGGAAGAUAUGCUUGGUAUAACACUGACGACCACUCAAAAUGGGGAAUUGCUAUUAAAAAUACCAACAUCUAUUGCUCUUCAGACAUAAACCGCAUGAAUUCUCAGCGUAAGCGAGGUGGAGGCGCUUUAUGUACCAAUUCUACACUUCUUUACACCGCUUUUUCCAGCCUAAUUACCUUAGAAGAGUCCUGCAACGAGCUUCUUUCUCAAACUCUCUCCUAUAUUACUUCAUAA